AGAAAGUCAUAAGAGGCAACGGAGCUGGACUCAGGACUCUUUGCCGACCCUCGACAAAACCCACCCAGGACUGUCUGCACUAGCCACCAGAACUCCUAAUUCAUCUCUUGGAACUGAAAGGGAGGGUGACAGGAGCCAGAAGCAAACUUCAGCGGUCUCUGCGGACCUGCGAUUCCCGCAUUUGAAGGGGUCGAGUGCCAGGAGGCACAGGACCCCCACCAGGAGGAGGAGUCCCGCGUCUCUCGUUUCUCCCACCAAGCCUGAACCUUAGACCGAACCACGCGGGACAUUGGAAGCAGAAGAGGGUAGUAGAAAAUGCGGGGCUCCGGGCCCCGCGGUGCGGGACGCCGACGGACCCAAGGCAGUGGUGGCUGCGACGACACACCUCGCGUCCCUGCCUCUCUGGCAGGCUGCUAUUCCGCUCCUCUAAAGGGCCCCCUCUGGACAUGCCUUCUCUUGUGUGCUGCGCUCCGGACCCUUCUGGCCAGCCCCAGCAACGAAGUGAAUUUAUUGGAUUCACGCACUGUCAUGGGGGACCUCGGAUGGGUUGCUUUUCCAAAAAAUGGGUGGGAAGAGAUUGGUGAAGUGGAUGAAAACUAUGCACCUAUACACACAUACCAAGUAUGCAAAGUCAUGGAACAGAAUCAGAAUAAUUGGCUGCUGACCAGUUGGAUCUCCAAUGAAGGUGCUUCCAGAAUCUUUAUUGAACUCAAAUUUACUCUAAGGGAUUGCAACAGCCUUCCUGGAGGAUUAGGGACUUGUAAGGAGACAUUUAACAUGUAUUAUUUUGAAUCGGAUGAUGAGAAUGGGAGAAAUCUUAAAGAGAACCAGUACAUCAAGAUUGACACGAUCGCUGCUGAUGAGAGCUUCACAGAACUUGAUCUUGGCGACCGUGUCAUGAAACUGAAUACUGAGGUCAGAGAUGUAGGGCCUCUGAGCAAAAAAGGAUUUUAUCUCGCUUUCCAAGAUGUUGGUGCUUGCAUAGCUCUGGUUUCUGUGCGCGUGUACUAUAAAAAAUGUCCUUCCGUGGUGAGGCACUUGGCUAUCUUCCCUGACACAAUCACUGGAGCAGAUUCUUCACAGUUGUUAGAGGUGUCAGGCUCUUGCGUCAACCAUUCCGUGACAGAUGAUCCUCCCAAAAUGCACUGCAGUGCUGAAGGGGAGUGGCUGGUGCCCAUCGGGAAAUGCAUGUGCAAGGCUGGGUACGAAGAGAAAAAUGGCACCUGUCAAGUGUGCAGACCUGGGUUCUUCAAAGCUUCUCCUCACAGCCAGAGCUGCAGCAAAUGUCCACCUCACAGUUACACCCAUGAGGAAGCUUCCACCUCUUGUGUCUGUGAAAAGGAUUAUUUCAGGAGGGAAUCUGAUCCACCCACAAUGGCAUGCACAAGACCCCCCUCAGCUCCUCGGAAUGCCAUCUCAAAUGUUAAUGAAACUAGUGUCUUUCUGGAGUGGAUUCCGCCUGCUGACACUGGUGGACGGAAAGAUGUGUCAUAUUAUAUUGCAUGCAAGAAGUGCAACUCCCAUGCAGGUGUGUGUGAGGAGUGUGGCGGUCAUGUCAGGUACAUCCCCCAGCAAAUCGGCCUGAAAAAUACCUCUGUCAUGAUGGUGGACCUACUUGCUCACACAAACUAUACCUUUGAAAUUGAGGCAGUGAACGGAGUUUCCGACUUGAGCCCAGGCACCCGGCAGUACGUGUCUGUAAAUGUAACUACCAAUCAAGCAGCCCCGUCUCCAGUCACCAAUGUGAAAAAAGGGAAGAUUGCAAAGAACAGCAUCUCUUUGUCUUGGCAAGAGCCAGAUCGCCCCAAUGGAAUCAUCUUGGAGUACGAAAUCAAGUACUUUGAAAAGGACCAAGAGACCAGCUACACAAUUAUCAAGUCUAAAGAGACCACUAUUACUGCAGAGGGCCUGAAACCAGCGUCUGUGUAUGUCUUCCAAAUUCGAGCACGUACAGCAGCAGGCUACGGUGUCUUCAGCCGAAGAUUUGAGUUUGAAACCACACCAGUGUCAGUUGCAGCAUCCAAUGAUCAAAGCCAGAUUCCCAUCAUUGCAGUGUCGGUGACAGUGGGAGUCAUCUUGUUGGCAGUGAUGAUCGGCUUCCUCCUCAGUGGCAGUUGCUGCGAAUGUGGCUGUGGGAGGGCUUCUUCCCUGUGCGCUGUUGCCCAUCCAAGCCUAAUAUGGCGGUGUGGCUACAGCAAAGCAAAGCAAGACCCAGAAGAGGAAAAGAUGCACUUUCAUAAUGGGCACAUUAAACUUCCAGGAGUAAGAACCUACAUUGAUCCACACACCUAUGAAGAUCCCAAUCAAGCUGUCCAUGAAUUUGCCAAGGAGAUUGAAGCUUCGUGCAUCACUAUUGAGAGAGUUAUUGGAGCAGGUGAAUUUGGUGAAGUUUGUAGUGGACGUUUGAAACUACCAGGAAAAAGAGAAUUACCUGUGGCUAUCAAAACUCUUAAAGUGGGCUAUACUGAAAAGCAGCGUAGAGAUUUUCUUGGUGAAGCCAGUAUCAUGGGGCAGUUUGAUCAUCCAAACAUCAUCCAUCUAGAAGGUGUUGUGACUAAAAGCAAACCUGUGAUGAUAGUGACAGAGUAUAUGGAGAAUGGCUCCUUAGACACAUUUUUAAAGAAAAACGAUGGGCAGUUCACUGUGAUUCAGCUUGUUGGCAUGCUGAGAGGCAUCGCUGCAGGAAUGAAGUACCUUUCUGACAUGGGCUACGUGCAUAGAGAUCUAGCUGCUAGAAACAUCUUAAUCAACAGUAACCUUGUGUGCAAAGUGUCUGACUUUGGACUUUCUAGGGUACUGGAAGAUGAUCCUGAGGCUGCCUACACCACAAGGGGAGGCAAAAUUCCAAUCAGAUGGACUGCCCCAGAAGCAAUAGCUUUUCGAAAGUUCACCUCUGCCAGUGAUGUCUGGAGCUAUGGAAUUGUAAUGUGGGAAGUUGUGUCUUAUGGAGAGAGACCCUACUGGGAGAUGACCAAUCAGGAUGUGAUAAAAGCGGUGGAAGAAGGCUAUCGUCUGCCAAGCCCCAUGGAUUGUCCUGCUGCUCUCUACCAAUUGAUGCUGGAUUGCUGGCAGAAAGAUCGAAAUAGCAGGCCCAAGUUUGAUGAAAUAGUUAACAUGCUGGACAAGCUGAUACGAAACCCAAGUAGUUUGAAGACGCUGGUUAAUGCAUCAAGCAGAGUGUCCACUUUGUUGGCAGAACAUGGCUCUCUGGGGUCUGGAGCCUACAGAUCAGUAGGUGAAUGGCUGGAAGCAAUCAAAAUGGGCCGGUACACAGAAAUUUUCAUGGAAAAUGGAUACAGUUCAAUGGACGCUGUGGCUCAGGUGACCUUGGAGGAUUUGAGGCGCCUGGGAGUGACUCUGGUCGGUCACCAGAAGAAGAUCAUGAGCAGCCUUCAAGAGAUGAAGGCGCAGCUGCUAAAUGGAAUGGUGCCAGUGUAACCUCCACAUGGGUCACUUCCUCAAGUGAACAAGUCUGCACUUUGUAUACAGCCCUGAGAUUUAUUUUUAACAAACAUAAGGAUAAAGUGAUUUCUAAACCUUUGGAGGCAUUCCUCUCGACCAUUGUACUUGUAAUCAAUAUUUUACUAAAUUCCUUGUAUCUUCCUCCGAGUGUCUUCAUUUUUCAGGAAGUGAAAAGGAACCUUCAAAGAGUGAAAAACAUGAGGAUAAACAUCUUCUAAUAAAAUAGUAACUAAUUCUUCCCCCAGUACUUCCACAGAAUCUUGUAAAUGAAGUGUAUCAGGACACAGCACGAUUAUAGACUGUUAAGGCAGCCCCUUUCAAAACUUCCAGGGAUUUACUUGAAAGGAAAAGUUUUAAAGCCAUGUGUGGGCUAAGAAAAGCUGCAUUUUACUGACGUUUACUUCAAGUCUUAAUUGUCUACAUAACUGUAUUGAAGAGCAAUAUGAUUAGAUUAUUCCUUAAAUAGUUUGUUAUUUAAAAUGCAAUUACAUGUUGGUAAGUUAUAGAAAAUAGUUUAUAAACAUGUUGCUUGGUCAAGAAAAAGUUGAAUACAGGGUGUAUAUUUAUUUUUCGGUGGUAUAUAAUUUACUUUUAGUUGCUCUUCUAGGGAGUGUUAAGUAAUUAGUGUAUACAUACUGUAUAGUGUGCAAUAUGCCGAGGAACUAAUUUACAUUGGAAGUGUGUGUGUGUGUGUGUGUGUGUGUGUGUGUGUGUGUGUGUUUGAAUACGUGUAUGCUAUUAUUCUGCUUGCCUUUUUUAUAGUAUUUUAAUUUUGGCAACAUACAAGAAAGGUGUUCAAGUGUUCUAGACUGUAAUAUGAAGAAGAGAAACUGUAGACCAAAUUCCAACCCAGCUUGGUGUCUUUUUCUCUAAUUUUCAAAGCAACUAAAUUAUUUUUUUUUAACAGCUAAUGCCCCUUCAUUAAAUUCCCUUUUGGGAUUUCUACAAUCACUUUGUAUUGACUGGAACAAAGAAAUUCUACCCCUCUCAGAAAUUGCUUUUUUAUAAUUCCACACAAUAUCUCCUCAAGCAAAACUGACACAAAGGGUACACUAGUGUGCGAUGUAGAGAGAUUGUACUGUGCUGGCUUCUGUCAACAUGCAAGCCAGGCAGAGGAAACUCAGCAUUUCCCUGAGUGCUAACCCACUGCACUCAUUCCCAUGUGACUCCUUUACAGAGCAUUUGAUACUCAGA